AUGUCGAAAUUAAAGGAAAUUCAAAAGCAAGCGACAUUUGCAUGGAGUCCAUUGGUAGAUAAACCAGAUCUGAUGGCAACCGGUACUGUUGCCGGUACAAUCGGUUUGGACUUUGAUACCAGCUCAAAGUUGGAGUUGUACUCAUUGGACAUCACCGGUCAAUCACCACAGAUGACUCUGAAAGGAACGGUCAACGCAGACAGUCGUUUUCAUAAAUUGGUAUGGUUACCAUCGCAUGCCGGUCAACCCAACGGUUUAGUUGUUGGUGGUAUGGAAAAUGGUUCAAUCGGUAUCUGGAAUCCAUCAAAAAUAUUAGCUGGUGAAGAUGCACACGUUGGAACUGGACAAAAACACAGUGGUCCAGUACAAGCAUUGGAUUAUAAUAUUGUACAACCAAACUUGAUUGCAUCUGGUGGAAAUGAUUCAGAAUUAUUCAUUUGGGAUUUGUCAAAUCCAAGUUCACCAUCUGCUUACUCUCCAGGAAACAAAGCUCAACAAUCAGAGAUUACUUCCAUUUCAUGGAAUAGAAAAGUUCAACAUAUUAUUGCAUCAGCAUAUUAUAAUGGUAAUACCUAUGUUUGGGAUUUGAAGGCAAGAAGAUCGAUUAUAAACUUUAGUGAUAGAAACAGAAAGUGUUCGACAAGAUCGAUUCUUUGGAAUCCAAACGAGGCGACCAGCAUCGUUACCGCCUCGGAGGACGACGACCACCCAGUCAUCCAGACCUGGGAUUUGAGAUAUAUUAACACUCCACUGAAAACACUGGAGGGACAUCGUCGUGGUGUCUGGGGAUUGUCGUGGUGUCCGUUCGACUCGAGCCUCUUGCUCUCCUGCGGCAAAGACAACCGUACCAUCUGCUGGAACAUCGAGAAGGGUGAGAUUCUCUGUGAGUUUGAAUCGAGCACCGACUCGAAUCACUGGAACUUUGACGUGCAAUGGUCGCCACGUAUCCCAGCGGUCGUCGCCACCUCGUCGUUCGGUGGAAACAUCAAUGCUUUCUCGUUGCAAGACGUCAAUCCACGCGCUGCUACUCCCGCGCCAAACGCACUUGGCGUCGUCGAGCCAGUUGCCGCACCGCUCUUCAAGCACACACCAUCGUGGUUGCAGCGUCCAGUCGGUGCCGCCUUUGGAUUCGGUGGUAAGAUCGCUGUGUUUGGCCGUCGCAAACCAGUUGGAACCAGUCCAGGUGCACCGGGCACUGUUGCCGCACAGCAACGUACCAUCCACAUCUCACAGGUCGUCACCGAGCAAGGUUUGUUGGAGCGUGCCGACAAGCUGGAGAACGUAUUGAAACAGCGAAACUACGAGCAAUUCUGCGAGGAGAAGAUCAACGCAUCGACCUCCGCCGAGGAGAAAGCGACCUGGGGAUUCCUUAAGGUGCUCUUUGACGAAUCCAGUCGUAAGAAGAUUCUCAACUAUCUUGGACACGACGUCGAAUCCACACAAAAUGAAUUACAAAACUUCCUAAAGACACUUCCAGAACUAAAGAUUUCCAGUGGUGAUAAAGAGAAUAAACAAGAUAGCCAACAACAACAAGAGGAUGAACAACAACAACCAACAGAAAAUGGAGAUAACAAUUCAACUGAAGGUGGAGAGAAGAAGGAUGUUUUCAGUUUGUUCAAAUCAUCGACUGACGAAUUGCCAUUGGAGGUUGUCAAGAAUUUGAAUAUCGUUCCAAUCUCGUUCCCAAAGGACGGUGACGAACAAUUGAUUACCAGAUCUUUGUUGAUCGGUGACUUUGCCACUGCUGUUCAGUGUUGUUUGCGUUUGGGUCGUAUGGCAGACGCGUUGAUUUUGGCAUCGUGUGGAAGUACCGAUCUCUGGAAGAAGACACAACAAGCCUAUUUCGAAAUCGAACAACGUCCAUUCACCAGAGUUCUCAGUUGUAUUGCACGUGAAGACUUUGCCACUCUCGUCCAGAGUGCCGACCUCAAAGACUGGAAGUCGACACUCUCCAUCCUCUGUACCUACGGUACCGAGGAGAACUUCAAGCGUUUGGCCGGUGUGCUUGGUGACCGUCUAGACGCCGCUGACGACACCGAAGCAGCCACUCUCUGCUACAUCUGCGCCUGUGACAUUGACAAGACCGUCAACAUCUGGACACGUUCACACGCAUCCAAUAAGGAGUCGAGCAACAGCGAACUCUUGAAUCUCAUUGAGAAGGUCAGCAUCUUUAGAAGCGCAACCAACUCCACCACAUUGUCCAACGACACACUCGCUUCGAAAUACUCCAAGUACGCAGAGAUUCUCGCUUCUCAAGGUCACUUGACCGAUUCACUCCGUUAUCUCUCUGCACUCAACACCACUCACCCAUCUUCUGACCCAAGCGGACUCGUUCUCUUGGAUCGUGUCUAUCGUGCCGCUCCAAAUGUACAAGGUAUCGCUCCACCACCCUUCCCAUUCCCAAUCGUCGAUGUCUAUCCAUCUGGAGGUGCUCCACGUACUCAAUUCCAACAACCAAUUCAAAAUCAACAACAACAACAACAACAACAACAUCAUUCCAACAACCAAUAA